CAGAUACUAGCUUUGCAUUCUUUCUUCUUGUCAUCAUGCGUUUCAACUUGCCCUUUGUUAUAAUCUUUAUAUUAACAAAUAGCAGUUUUACCACCUGUAAAGAUUACAUUUCCGUCAAUUCUCCUAAAUUGAACGAUGUGAUUAGCAGCCAACAACUCUUGAAUAUAUCGUAUACAUUCACUGGAAUAGCGGCAGAACAGCGACAAACGAGUGAAAAAAAGUCAAAUACAUAUUUACCAAGCUCAUUACAAAUUGAAUUUUCUUGGACAGAGCAAACCAACAGAUUAAACUCUCUUUCAUUUGAGAUUGCCAAAGGAUUAAGUAUGAAAACAGGAGGAACAUAUAUCAUUCACAGAACAAUCUCAUGGCGAGUACCCAACUAUCAUUUUUUUGCUCGAUACCCUCCUUCGCGUUACGACUUUGCACUAGUUUUUACACCAUAUUAUCCGCGUGGUGUUUUGCGAGAAACAGCACAAAAUAAUAGUACUGCUGAUGUCUUGAAAAACGAUCCACAGCACCAACUACAGAAACCGAUUGUUGUCCCAGUCUUUAUUUCCGUCAUUGAGUCAAAUUCUCGAAAAAAAUGGUAAUGUUUGAAUUAUACUUAAUGCCUAAAUGAACUUACACAAUUGCACAAGUGAGCUCUUUGCCAAUGGAGGCGGGGGUAUCAGCUUUAUUCUAAAUCUAAACAACAUCAAAACUAUAAUAUUGAAUUGAUCUAAUAAAAAAAAAAGAGUGCCGAUCAUUGAAUGAUCAUUUG